GCAGAGAUGUAACUAUUUAAGGUGCUGCCAUUCGCUCUCAAGGAGGCACAGCACCAUAGCCAGUUCCGAGCCUAGCCAUGGAGCCACCCUCGUCUUCCCAUGUGCUAGCCUCUCUUGCCAUACUGAUAACGAUGGCCACCUCCGUAGCACUUGUCUCGGCCGCGGCGGUGCCCCCAUCGCUAGAUAAUCAAGCAGAAGCACUCCUUGCCUGGAAAGCCACCCUCAGCAACCAAAGCCAAGUUUCCCUGCAAUCCUGGGGAAACAUGUCGUCAGCGCCUUGUACUUGGCGUGGCAUCCGGUGCGCAACACCACGACACCGGCGUCGGUACCAACCGAUCAUCACCAGCAUCUCUCUAUGGGGGAUGCGGCUGAGCGGGACGCUGGAGUCCAUCGACUUCUCAGCCUUGAGUACCUUAACGACUCUCGACCUCUCACACAACCAGCUUGCUGGGAGCAUUCCUUCGAGUAUGGCGCAUCUUCAAGACCUCCAUGCUCUGCUUCUGCAUGGCAAUCAGAUAAGAGGCUCAAUUCCACCCGCUUUAGCAAACCUCACAAAACUCUCAACUCUGCGUCUCUCCAAUAAUAAGCUUGUAGGAUCAGUUCCUCCAGAAAUUGGAAAAUUAGCUUGGCUGAAAGAGCUCAACCUUAGUGUAAACCAACUACAAGGUUAUAUUCCAACUAGUAUAGGAAACUUAACACAGCUAACUAGUCUGCAUCUUCAUACUAACAAGCUCAUUGGGUCCAUCCCUCAAGAGAUAAGUAAUUUGGUUAACCUGGAGGAUUUGCAACUCGGACUGAACCAACUUGCAGGUUCCAUACCAACAAACUUGGGAAAUUUGACUAGACUCACCACCUUGUAUCUCUGGGGUAACAACUUGUCUGGCCACAUUCCUCAAGAACUAGGUCGUUUGACAAACUUAGAGGAGUUGGAACUCUCUCAAAACAUACUCACAGGUCCUAUCUCAAACAGCCUAGGGAAUUUGACUGAACUCAAUGUGUUAUUCCUUAAUGACAACCAACUUUCUGGAUGUAUCCCUCAAGAAUUAGGUUACUUGGUCAAAUUAGAUGGCUUGUAUCUUCAAAUCAACACACUAACAGGUCCCAUACCGAACAGUCUAGGAAAUUUAACCAAACUCGCUGAAUUGUACCUUCAUAGUAACCAACUUUCUCACGAUAUUCCUUACGAAAUUGUCAAAUUAAAGAGCUUAGUUCACUUGGAGCUCGGUUUUAACAACCUCUCUGGUGCCUUGCCACCCGGUCUUUGUGCGGAGGGGCAGCUACAAUACUUCAACGCUAACAACAACAGUUUGGUUGGACCCUUACCCGCAAGCUUGCUGAAGUGCACUGGCCUAGUAAGGGUUCGCCUCGAGGGAAAUCGUCUUGAAGGUGAUAUCUCCAGGAUGGGAGUUCAUCCAAAUCUUGUCUAUAUUGAUAUCAGUUCAAAUAGACUAUUCGGCCAACUUUCCAAACGUUGGUGUGCAUGCUUCAAACUUACCAUGUUGCGUGCCUCAGAGAAUAGUAUUACUGGAGUCAUACCACCAUGCAUUGGAGAAUUGCCUCAGCUGGGGAUACUCGAUGUUUCGUCAAAUCAACUUGAAGGAAAGAUCCCACCAGGAAUCGGCAAUAUAACAGUUAUGUUCAAUUUAAACCUCAGUAACAACCUGUUACAGGGAACUAUACCACAAGAGAUUGGAUCCUUAAAAAACUUGGAGUACUUGGAUUUAUCAUCGAACAACCUAACUGGGCCAAUAAGAGGAUCCAUUGAGCAUUGUUCCAAGCUUCGACUCAUGAAGUUGAGCCAUAAUCACCUCAAUGGAAUCAUUCCUAUAGAACUAGGGAUGCUAAUAUACCUUCAAGAUGUUUUGGAUCUAAGUGAUAAUUCAUUUGAUGACAUAAUACCAAGUCAGUUGGAUGGUCUCAUCAUGCUCGAAGCCUUGAAUCUUUCGCAUAAUUUAUUGAAUGGGAGUAUCCCCCCAUCAUUUGAGAGCAUGGCCAGCCUCUUAUCCAUGGAUGUGUCAUACAACAAACUUGAAGGACCGGUGCCGGAAAGCAGAUUCUUUGAAGAAGCUCCAAUUCAAUGGUUCAUGCACAAUAACCAACUAUGUGGUAUAGUGAAAGGUUUACCCUCUUGUGAAAUUACUCCAAGUCAUGGAAAAACAAAGACGUCCAGAGUUGUUUUACUAGCUAUAAUUCCUGCAGUUGUAUCUUUUGUGCUUAUCAUGGCAGUAAUAACAAUAUUGCAUUGUAAGAGCAAGAAAUCUAGUGCAAGAAGUGAUAAUGAACCGCAACAGAGACGUUUGUUUGAAAUCUGGAACUUUUACGGACAAGAUGUGUACAAGAAAAUUGUUGAUGCCACAGAAAACUUCAGCACCACCCACUGCAUUGGAAAUGGAGGUAGUGGGUCCGUCUAUAGAGCUCAGUUACCAACAGGGGAGAUAUUUGCAGUAAAAAAGAUUCAUAUGAUGGAAGAUGAUGAGAUAUUUACUCGUGAAAUAGAUGCAUUGAUGCAUAUUCGACAUCGCAACAUUACGAAGUUAUUUGGCUACUGUUCUGCUCCUCAGGGGAGAUUUCUUGUGUAUGAAUACAUGGAUAGAGGAAGCUUAGCAGCAUCUUUGAAGAGCAAUGAAACUGCAAUUGAAUUGGUUUGGGCGAAGAGGUUAAAUAUUAUUAGGGAUGUUGCUCAUGCUUUAUCUUACAUGCAUCAUGGUUGCUUUGCACCCAUAGUGCACCGAGAUAUAAAAAGCAGCAACAUUUUGCUUGAUGUUGAAUUCAGGGCCUGCAUCUCUGAUUUUGGUAUUGCCAAAAUACUAGACGCGGAUGCAUCAAACUGCACAAGGCUCGCCGGAACAAAAGGAUAUCUUGCCCCAGAGCUCGCAUAUGCAUCAAGGGUGACAGAGAAAUGCGACGUCUAUAGCUUUGGAGUGCUGGCUCUAGAGUUGAUUAUGGGACAUCAUCCAGGAGAUUUUCUUUCAUCCAUGGCCAACAAAAGCACGCCACUCCAGGAUUUUCUGGACAUCCGGCUCCCGCUCCCUGAAUCUGAGAUCGUGAGUGAAAUAUUUAAAGUGAUAGCAGUUGCUGUUCGGUGCAUAGAACCUGAUCCAUCACACCGUCCAACGAUGCAGCAAGUAAUCAAGGUGUUCAUUACAACUGAAGGACCUGAUGAUCAUCUUGAUUAUCUGCACACCGGCAUUGUUAUCCCUGCCUGCUGGUCGUAAAUGUUCAUCAGACUCUUUGUAACGCAUCACCCUUAUGGUAGUUUUUGUUUUCUGUAUUACCCUCUUGUCACUUGCUAAUCGUUCAUACCAUUCAUAGCUGGCUAGCUAUUAGCUACUACAUCUAGAUAUUUGUAUAACAGAAGCUCUGCUAUUUCUUUCGAACUUUAAUAAAUGUCCAUUUGCAUCA